AUGACGAUCGACGCUGACAAAGACAAGCAAACGCACGACGGGACUUCCGUUAAUGCCGACGCUGACAGAACUCCAGCUGGAAACGUAUCCACGGUCACUACGAACACCUUGAUACUGGACCAGAUGAAAGAAAUGUUCGCCUCCGCUCAGAAAAAUUUGGACGAACAAGGAAAGCUCGUGGCCACUCUCGCAAAACAUGUGGAAACCUUAACGGCGAAGGCCAAGAGUAAAAACCCGCGCGGCAGAAGACUCGAUUUCGAUACUCCGAGCGAUCGGGCCACACGGGCAUACAAGGAUUCUUCUGGUCAGAACCCUGACGAAACUGCUCGGAUCCACCACAACCAACGCCGACAGGCUCGCAAGGCUGAUAGAAAUCCUGAUGAGAUCCAUGAUCUCCGCGAGUACAUCGCAAAAGCUGCGGCAGAAGUCAAGGCGGUAAAGUCGCAGAUUCACCACACGACAAGCGCUGCACCCGAGAUUUACAGACUUCUCGAGGAAGAGCGAAAAACUCCGCCCACUGCCCGGAUCACGGAAACUAACAUCUCAGAUCCUGGGAAGAUCAAAAUUCUCGUCUACGAUGGCACCACCGACCCGAAGGCGCAUCUGCAGUCUUUCCAGAUCGUGAUGGGAAGGGAAACCUCAGACGUCGACCUUCGGAGUCUAUCUCAAAGAGAAGACGAACCACUCUUCGAAUUCAUGAACAGGUUCAAGCUGGUAAUGGCAAGAGUCACUGGAAUCAGCGACAAAGUGGCAGUCGACGCUUUGCGGAAAACUCUCUGGUACAGGUCGAAACUCCGGCAAUGGAUAUCCGUUGAAAAACCGAGAACAAUCCAGGACGCUCUUCACAAGGCAACAGACUUCAUCAUGAUAGAAGAAGAGAUGAAAGGAGAGACAUCCGAAAAUACCUUGACCAGGAACCAGUUCAAGGAUAAUUCCUACUGCGAGUUCCACCAGACCAGAGGUCAUUCCACUAUGAACAACAAGGUUCUCGGCGCAAGGCUUGCUGCGAAGCUCCUCGCCGGCGAAAUUUCGAAGGUCACAAGCAUAAAAGACCUCCUCCUGGAUUCCGAUCGCCCUCCCAAAACUGAUAAAGAGUCCCCCGAAAACGACACCCGCGAAAAUCAGUCGGGCGAGAAACGCAGAAGGAGGCAGGAUGACCGAGGAAACGACAGCAACCGUCGAAGGGUGAGCAUGAUCAUUGGGGGAUCGCAAUUUUAUCGCGAUUUGAUCUCGUCGAUCAAAGCUUAUGGACGUAAGGCUGAGAAGAGUUCAAGCUGGCUGGCUCGGUCCCCAACCGACGACGCCCCGAACGAUACGAUCAUCUUCGAAGAGUGGGAAACCAUCGGAAUCGACAAACCUCACUGCGACCCAUUGGUUAUUGAUCUGGUAAUCCGAGACCUGGAAGUGGGAAGGAUCCUUAUCGACACGGGAAGCACAGUCAACAUCAUCUUCCCCGAUACCCUCCGGAGGAUGAACAAUUGA